AUGGCACAGGCGGAAGUGGUCACCGUGCGAAUGUCGCGCGGUAACACGGAGACGCCAUGGGGUUUUGACAUUAUACCACCGGUACAGAUCAGUAAUGUCAUUGGAGGUUCACUAGCAGACCGAGCGGGUCUGCUCAAUGGCGAUAAUUUGGUGGAACUUGAGGGUUACGAAAAACCGGACUACCACCUUGCCAAACAACUCCUCGCCAAAGCUGAACACAAAAUUGAACUUGUUGUUCACAGAGAUGUCGGACACAGUGUACGAAUAUGGAAACCGUCGGUUACAGAUAACACGGAGUUUAGCCGAUUUCAGCACUCUGUACACAAUGUGACAUCUGAAAGCAAAAAUAAGACUCAAGGUCCACCUCCUCCACCUCCUCCUCCUGGUGCUUCACCUGUAAAGGUGUCACUAGAACAUCAUCCUCAGCUGCUGAGGUUCCAGGCCGGAAUCAACAUCCCAGGUUUCAAUGUAAAAGCUCAACCAUAUGGCACUCGACAAGAAGUUAAACACUUGCAGUAUAACUCGCCAAUGCCGCUGUAUUCGCCGCAGUCGGCAGCCGAGCAAUAUUUACAACAAACUGGCGGACUUUUUGGAACGGAGUAA